AUGGGUACUCAAAAGAAGGAGAAACAAAGAAGAGUCAGACAAAAUGAUACUCGGGAUGGGAAUCUCCGGGUUAAAGGAGAAAACUUUUAUAAAGAUGCUAAAAAGAUUAAACGGUUAAAUAUGUAUAAACAAGGUAGAGCCAAAAGAAAUGCACAAGGAGAGAUUGUGAAGGCUGCCGCAUUACAAAGUACAGAUGAACCAAACGCAAGGGUUGAUCCUAAUAGACGUUGGUUUGGUAAUACCCGAGUUAUUGCACAAGAUGCCUUGACUCAUUUCCGUGAAGCUAUGGGUGAAAGGAAACAUGAUUCUUAUCAAGUUUUAAUGAAGAGAAACAAGUUACCCAUGUCACUUUUAGAUGAGAAGGAUCAAAGUGAAUCACCUACAGCCAAUAUUUUGGAAACUGAGUCGUUUCAACAUGCAUUUGGUCCCAAGCAACAACGGAAACGUCCUAGAGUUACUGCAUCUAAUUUAGAGGAAUUGGCAUUAUCAACUGACAAUGAUGCCACGGCUUAUCAAGAGAAACAAGAAUUAAAUGCCACGUUGGGGUUGAUGGGAGGAUCGAUUUUAGAUAACGAUGAGUUUACUCAAGAAGCAAAGGAACAUAUUUUCAGUAAGGGACAAUCCAAAAGAAUCUGGAACGAAUUAUACAAAGUCAUUGAUUCAUCGGACGUGGUUAUACAUGUUUUAGAUUCUCGAGAUCCAUUGGGGACUCGGUGUCUUUCUGUUGAGAAGUAUAUUAAGGAUGAAUGUCCUCAUAAACAUUUGAUUUAUGUUUUAAACAAGUGUGAUUUAGUCCCUACAUGGGUUGCGGCUGCCUGGGUUAAAUACUUAUCCCAGUUCUAUCCUACCAUUGCAUUCCAUGCCUCUAUCACCAACUCGUUUGGUAAGGGGUCGUUGAUCCAAUUAUUACGCCAGUUCUCUACGUUGCACGCCGAUCGGAAGCAAAUCUCCGUGGGGUUCAUUGGUUACCCCAACACUGGGAAGUCAUCUAUUAUCAACACCUUACGUCAAAAGAAGGUGUGUCAGGUGGCACCCAUUCCCGGUGAGACUAAGGUCUGGCAAUAUAUCACAUUGAUGAAGAGAAUCUUUUUAAUUGAUUGUCCCGGGAUUGUACCUCCGUCUGCUAAGGAUACCGAGUCGGACAUAUUGUUCCGGGGAGUAGUCAGAGUCGAACAUGUGUCGAAUCCAGAACAGUACAUUGGUGACAUGUUGAAGAAGUGUGAACGGAAGCAUUUGGAGAGAACAUAUGAGAUCAAAGGAUGGACCAGGUUUGAAGAUGAAGAGUCAAACGAGUCCUUAUUGGAAAGAGCAAGCAUAGAGUUCAUUGAGUUGAUUGCAAGGAAACAAGGUAGACUUUUGAAAGGUGGAGAGCCUGAUGAAUCUGGUGUGGCAAAGCAAGUGUUGAAUGAUUUCAACAGAGGGAAGAUCCCAUGGUUUGUACCUCCACCAAAGGAUGAAGAGGAGAGAGAUGGUGAAGAUAAGAAAGCUCAUUAUAAACGUAAGAGAGAAGAGAAGAAAGAGAAGAUGGAAAAGAGACAAAAGGUGGAUGAAACUCAACCUGUGGAUGAAGACGAAGCUCAAUCUGUUGAUGGUGAAUGGAAAGGUAUUCAAGAUUAA